CAUGGCCAUCAUCCAUCCCCUCCAGCCCCGGCUGUCAGCCACAGCCACCAAAGUGGUCAUCUGCGUCAUCUGGGUCCUAGCCCUCCUGCUGGCCUUCCCCCAGGGCUACUACUCCACCACGGAGACCAUGCCCAGCCGAGUCGUGUGCAUGAUCGAGUGGCCAGAGCAUCCGGACAAGGUGUAUGAGAAAGUGUACCACAUCUGUGUGACGGUGCUGAUUUACUUCCUCCCCCUGCUGGUGAUCGGCUAUGCAUACACCGUAGUGGGAAUCACUCUGUGGGCCAGCGAGAUCCCCGGGGACUCCUCCGACCGUUACCAUGAGCAAGUCUCUGCCAAGCGCAAGGUGGUCAAAAUGAUGAUUGUCGUGGUGUGCACUUUUGCCAUCUGCUGGCUGCCCUUCCACAUCUUUUUUCUCCUGCCCUACAUCAACCCAGAUCUCUACCUGAAGAAGUUUAUCCAGCAGGUCUACCUGGCUAUCAUGUGGCUAGCCAUGAGCUCCACCAUGUACAACCCCAUUAUCUACUGCUGUCUCAAUGACAGAUUUCGUCUAGGUUUCAAGCAUGCCUUCCGGUGCUGCCCCUUCAUCAACGCCAGUGACUACGAGGGGCUUGAGAUGAAAUCCACCCGGUACCUCCAGACCCAGGGCAGUGUGUACAAGGUCAGCCGCCUGGAGACCACCAUCUCCACUGUGGUAGGGGCCCAUGAGGAGGAGCCAGAGGAAGGCCCCAAGGCCAUACCAUCAUCCCUGGACCUGACCUCCAAUGGCUCCUCACGCAGCAACUCCAAGACCAUGACAGAGAGCUUCAGCUUCUACUCUAACAUGCUGUCCUAGGACAUAGGCCUUGGGCAGAUACAGCCACUCCCAUCUUUAGCCAGCUUCAUUCAUGCAUGGAUAGUUCCUUGAUCUGGAACCCCUGAGAAACAUCUUACCAUUGGAGUUUUUGGAGAGUCCCAGAAUGGUUUAGUGAAAAUGUUCCAUCCUAAAGUCAAUCUGGAUUCUUUCCUGCCUUGCCACACACCCCCUCCCUGCUGUGUGACCCUAGGCAAAUCAAUGAUCUUCUCUAAGCCUAUAAAAAUGACAAAGUUGGAAUAGACUUUCCCUACAGUUCAUUCCAUGAUCUAGUUGAAUGACUUCAACUGCAUGUGGGUGCACAUUUCAGGAUG